CCUUCCCUCCCUCUGGGCUCUUCCAGCCUGGCUCGGACCAAUCGCGCUGUCUCCGACGUGUCCAGGUUGGCGGACCCGGAGUUCGGCAGCCUGGAUGCGCUGGGCUAAAGUGCCAGAGGGCCAGGAGCCGGGAACCCCGAGUGGGGAGCCGAGUCCUGGGGUGCGCCCGGGACGCGGCCCCGAUGACUGAGCUCCAGCAAGAAGUGGAGGACACCAAACCCGCCAAAGUGCUCGGCAAGAGAGAAGCCAAAGUUGGCCCAGCCCACUCGGAGGCUGAGAAUGGUGUGGAGGACAGAAGGAAGAACAGCAAGUCGCCAACAGCACAGUCCCCUACCUCAUGGGUGGAGGCCGAGUCCCCAGACCAGAAGAGAAGCAUUGGCCUGUGGUCAAAAUCCAGUUUUGAUGGUUCCCCUUUGUCGGCUGAUAAGAAUGAGUGUAAAGCCGAAAGCAAGACUGACCCUAAGACUGAAAGGAAAAAGUCUUCGUCUUCCAGCCAGUACAAGGCGAACAUGCAUUUCCACAAGUUAUUUGUUGAUGUCCCAACUGAAGAGCCACUGAGGCAAAGCUUUACCUGUGCUCUCCAGAAAGAAAUUCUAUACCAAGGGAAGCUCUUUGUGUCGGAAAACUGGAUUUGUUUUCAUUCCAAGGUCUUUGGAAAAGACACUAAGAUCUCUAUCCCCGCUUUCUCAGUCACCCUGAUAAAGAAAACCAAAACUGCCCUUCUGGUGCCAAAUGCCUUGAUUAUAGCGACAGUCACAGACAGGUACAUAUUCGUUUCCCUACUUUCCAGAGAUUCAACAUACAAACUGCUAAAAUCUGUGUGUGGACACUUGGAGAACACAAGUGUCGGUAACAAUUCCAACCCAUCUUCUCCUGAAAAUAGUUUCCGGGCAGAUCGCCCUUCAUCUCUGCCUCUGGACUUCAACGAUGAGUUCUCAGACCUGGAUGGUGUGGUUCGACAACGCAGGCAAGACAUGGAAGGGUACAGCAGCUCCGGCUCUCAGACUCCAGAAUCCGAGAACUCCCGAGACUUCCAUGUGACCGAGUCUCAGACAGUUCUGAAUGUCACCAAGGGAGAAACAAAACCACCUCGGACUGAUGCCCACGGGAACAGAGCGCCGGAUGGGAAAGCCAAGAGCCUUCCUGUGCAUGGCCAGUCUGAAACUGCCGGGAUUUUGCAUAACAUCAAGUCUCAGAAAUGCCCAACUCUCCGCCAUAUUCUUAUAUUCUAUGCAAUUGUUGUCUGUGCAUUGAUCGUCUCGACCUUCUAUAUGAGAUACAGAAUUAACACUCUGGAGGAGCGGCUGGGGUCCCUGACGUCCUUUGUGGAUCCCUACAGUACUGAGCAGACAGUCCCGUCGGGCCUGGGAUCACAAGUACAGUUAAAUGUGGAGGCCCUCUGCCAAGAACUUACAGCUAACAUAGUGAAAUUAGAAAAGAUACAGAACAACUUACAAAAGCUGCUUGAGAAUGGUGACUGAGUGACCAGAUGCUGGAGGCAACAGAAUACCUCAUAUUUUCCCUCGAAGAAGGUGCUUCCCGAGAGAGCCUGGUGUGCGCCCCCUGCUGGCCAGAGGUGCAAGAGGCUGAGAAUCCACAUGUGUUUGCACUUGGAGGGCUCCAGCUCAGGAAGGGGGGAAAGGGAAUGAUUUUGCUUUUGUGCAAUAAAAGUUGACCUUGUCUCUGCUGCUGCCUGAAGGAAACAGACCCAUCUCGGGAGAUGAGCAAGGUCCCGGAAGAAGCCUGUAUCGAGAGGGUUAUGGUGAUGGUCAGUUAACACUGCACUCCAUGCUUUUCAGCCCUUCCCAGCCUCCUCUUCGCUCCCUUCACCCGUCCCAACCAACCUUCGGACCUAAAGGGUGCCAUAGACCAACAAGCUCAAUAUGGUUCUUUAAAAGAUUAGCCAUGAGCCUCCAACAAGGUGGUGAAUAGCUCCAGAUGAACAGGCUUGCUUCAAACACCCGCGUUUUUUGUCUCUAUUUUUUUUCCUUCUGCUCUUAUGCUCUGACUUCUUUCGUCUAUGCGAUUUAAUAUCUCAAUUCAGUUUUAUAAGCAUGUCUGGUAAAGUGCACUAAAUGGGCUGUUAUGCUGUUUUGUUCCCCGUGACUAGUACUUAAUUGGAGUGAUUCUCCCCCUCCUCUGACCAGGAAUCUUGGAGGAGGGGAACUGAAAUACUAAAUUAGAUUCACUAUGAAACCAAAACUAAUCUUCAGGCCAAACACUGUAAUAAUGUUUUAAUAUGCAAUGGAAAAUACUGUUUCUAAGAUUCUAAGUGGACCACGGGAGCUGUUCAGUAACUGGAUGUCUGUGUUGGGCUCUAAAUCCCAACUCAGCCUGGUAAUCGGAUGUCUUUCUCCUACAAUAAAACAGUAAGUGGUGGUUGGCUAACUUUACUUACAGUUUGGGUUGGAUGUGGUUUUUUUUGUUGUUGUUGUUGUUUUGUUUUAUUAAUAAUUAUCCAGGGUACCGUAAGAUCUGUAAGUAUAAAACAUUCUGUCUGCAAUGCGUUUUAUAAUCAUUUCUAUGAAAUGUAUUUUAUUUAAUCAGAUAGGCUAAUAAGUGGAUUGGUUACAUCAUUUGUAUUUGUCAGCCUACUGGGUAACUGUGCCUGGUGCACUGGCUUUUAAUAAAUACUCAUUGGCUAAAACUCUCUACCUAA